UACGCAUGCAGUAACGAUACCGUUUAUUUGCAUGGUAUGAAUUCACGGUGUGCACAUUGAUCGCAUUUGUUUGAUGGACGGUGGAAGUGAGUGUUCAUUGUUACGUCCAUUUUGGUAAUUUUCAUCGGGAGUUGAAAAAAUGGCAAAUUUUCUGUAUAAAAAGUGUGCACUUGACACAAAUGAAAAGUUUGGCAGAUUUGUGAUUGCAGCGCAGGAUAUAAAAGCCGGUGAACUGUUGUUGAGCGAGCUGCCAAUUGUAUGCGGACCGUAUUGGGAUACAAAAAUCAAUUGUUUAAAUUGUUACGCGCCAUCGGACACAAUGUGCAAAAAAUGUAAAGUGGUUCCAUUGUGUUGGAAUUGCCAUGAUAACCAUGAUGCAGUUGAAUGUGAUACACUGGAAAAGCUCGAUUUGCCCAAAACAUAUCUAAUCGACAAUUUCGAUGUGGUGACACCGUUGCGUGUUUUAUUAUUAUUCUAUCGAUAUGCGAUGUUGAUGAUGACCACGACCUCUAGUGCUACCUCAACCACCACUGCCACCACCAACGCCCCAACUAUCGAUACUGAUCUAAAAUAUCAAAUCGAUGAAAUACUGAGCAUGGAAUCCCAUAUGGAGCAACGACGUAAUACAUGGAUUUGGAAUGAGCACGCAAAAAAUGUUUUACAACCGCUUCGCAGCAUAAACAUUGAUGCCAAAUUCCAGUCAUUCAACGCACCAUGGACAUUGACUGAUGAUUUUCUACAGAAAAUUUGCGGCAUUCUCGAUGUCAAUACGUUUGAAUUUCGAACGCAACACUUUGAGGUUUUGCUAGAUGGAAUGGAUUUUACCGUGUUCAUUCUUUUUUGCUGUGUUUGCUUGUCAUUGACAUAUUAUCAUUGGGAAUUUCCGGUACGUGGUUUAUUCACACAAGCAGCAUUAUUGGCACACGACUGCAUUGGAAACACACUCAUAACCGUUGACAACAAUAAAGUAUUGAAAGUUUUUGCCAGCGUUGAUAUCAAAGAGGGCGAAAUUAUUUACAACAAUUAUACCGCAUCAUUAUAUGGAACCGAAGCGCGACAAGAGCAUUUAACGAAGGGCAAAUAUUUUGAAUGUGAAUGUCGCCGAUGCAACGAUCCAACCGAAUUUGGUACCCAUUUGAGCAGUGUCAAGUGUCAAUCGUGUACAAUGGGCUACAUCAUUCGCAUGAAUUGUAAAACCACAUGGAAAUGCUUAAAUUGCAAUACAAAUGUGGCAAAUGAAAAAAUUCAAUUGAUUUUACGCGACAUUCGGAUAGAGGUUCAACAAAUGCGACCAAACAUUGAACACAUCGAUUUACUGAUCGCCAAAUAUACGAAAAUAUUGCAUCCCAACCACUAUUUACUCAUCGAGAUGAAACAAAAAUUGGCAGCAGUCAUACGUCACAUGAGCGCCUCAGCAUAUGAUAUUGCCAUCAAUGCAUACACCAAUGAUAGCAAAAUUUCACCUUUAGAAAAUUUACUGCAACGCAAAAUUGAUUUGUGCAAGGAGUUCAUUCCAUUGCUUCAAAUUCUAACACCGGGCAUCUCACGCUUGAAAGCGAUUGCAUUGUAUGAACAAUUCGCACCACUUGUUCAACUCGCAAGACUCCAUCAUCAACAUAAAAUUAUCACCGAUGCCGAAUAUUUGCGUCAAUUGUGUGAGGCCGAAAUAAUUGUAAAAGAGUCCAUUGGAAUGCUAUUAUAUGAACCGUCAUCAAAUCCAGAGGGGAUGCUUUGCAAACAAGCCAUGUUUGAGCUUAAAGAAUUACGAUUGAUGAAGCAGCGCGUUGAAAAGUCAAUCAAAAAGGCAUCACAGUCAACCAAAACGACCGCAAAAACAAAUUUAAAAUAACAACCAUAAAAUAUAAUCAGCCGGUGGUAAACAGUGUCGACGAUAUUUAUAAAAUAUAUUGAAGAAAUUUGCAAUGAAUUGAACACCACAGUUGAUUGUAUCCUAUGUUUAACGUCAUUUAUUUUAUCUAUUAUUUACACCCUAUAAUAUCGGAU